UUAGUUUCUUUAGAAACGGUGCAUAUGCUCUUAUGAUAAGAGAAUUGUUCACAAGAACAUAGCACAACCACUGUACGAUUAGGGUUGGACCAGGCAGGGCUGUAUAUAUAGUUUGGACAGGGAUAAUAGUGCUUGCCCUCGGAAAUUAAUGGGUCACCAUUGCUGCAGCAAGCAGAAGAUCAAGAGGGGACUCUGGUCGCCUGAAGAAGAUGAGAAGCUCUUCAACUACAUCACCACCCAUGGCCAUGCUUGCUGGAGCACUGUCCCUAAAGAAGCAGGGUUGCAGAGAUGUGGGAAGAGUUGCAGGCUGAGGUGGAUCAAUUACCUGAAGCCUGACCUAAAGAGGGGCUCCUUCUCAGUAGAAGAAGAAAGAAUUAUCAUAGAUGUGCACAGAAUCUUAGGCAACAGAUGGGCUCAAAUAGCAAAGCAUCUCCCCGGAAGAACGGACAAUGAGGUGAAGAAUUUCUGGAACUCAUGCGUAAAGAAGAAGUUGAUUGCUCAAGGCUUGGAUCCAAAGACACACAACCUAAUGCCGGCUUCGCGGCCCUGGCCCUCGACUUACAGCUCCAACAACUCAGACAAUGAGCUUUUCCAAUCUUCCACCACUGCACCCUUCACCAUUAGCUCCCCUAACAAAGGCUUUGAUAGAACUAAAGGUUCUGAUGUAAAAAAAAUGGCCAAGAACUCUGUGGACUUGACCACCUUACCUAGUCUGGUGAGACUGCCACAAUCUGAUGAUGGGUUGCAUGAGAGCAUAGUCCCUGCGUCCAACCUCCAUUACCAAGACAACCAUGUGCUGAUGAGCUUCACUAAUGCUUCAUCUUCUUCCUCUUUAGGCCACACAAACAACACUGCAUCCUCCUCUUCGUUCAUCAACAAUCAAACUAGUUUUAUGGAUGAUUGCAUGUGGGAUGGUAGCAACAUGGAGCAUUUCGAAGCCCUAAACCAAAUUGAGGUGGGAGAUGAAGUGGUGCAAAGGAAGGAUCAUGAACUGAUGGAAGUGCAAACCACACUGGACGUCAGCGAGAAGGGGUUGAUGAUGGAAGCCUAUUGCGGCGGUGCUGCUGCCGCCGCCGCGACGUUCGAUCUUGAGAUGAUGGACAAUUCUUUGUUGCCUUGUGGAGACUUUUACAAUGGAGGAGGGUCCAUGGAGGAACUGCAAUGGGAUUGCUAGGUUGUAUAAUUUCUUCACUGUUUUACUUCAGUUAGUCGUUUUUUUUAGCUGCAAAUGGCAGCAAGUUAAUUAAGUUGAGGCACAUAUAUUGUUCAUGCAUGCAUCUGAUCAUGUACCAAUUCUGGAUCUCAUGGUGAAUGUGAUCAAUGAAGAACUUUAUUGAUA